AUGGACUGCUCUCAUGGGCUUGCUGGCAAAUGCAGCGGAGUAAGCGUGCUCUACCAGGUGGAAGGCAUGCCACCAGGACCACCACUGCUCCCUGCUCCUGGGGGACCCCCUCCACCUCCUGGAGCUAGUAUUGCUGUUGACCGUUGGCUCCUACUCCUUCUCUCAGAACCUUGGACUAUCAUGCUGGCUCGAUGGGAGACUCAGGAACCCCUCACACAAACAAAAUACCUCAGCAGGCUCCAGCGUACACUGGUUGGGAAAGAUUUCUUGACCACCACAAGCAAAGGAGGAUAUGAUAGCAGGCCAGUGGACAUAACUCCUUUGGAACAAAGGAAAUUAACUUUUGAUAGCCAUGCAUUGGUUCAAGAUUUAGAAACUCAUGGAUUUGACAAAGCACAAGCAGAAACAAUUGUAUCAGCAUUAACCACUUUGUCAAAUGUCAGCCUGGACACUAUCUAUAAGGAGAUGGUCACUCAAGCGCAACAGGAAAUAACAGUUCAACAGCUAAUGGCUCAUUUGGAUUCUAGCAGGAAAGAUAUGGUCAUCCUAGAAAAAAGUGAAUUUGCAAAUCUGAGAGCAGAGAAUGAGAAAAUGAAAAUUGAAUUAGAUCAAGUUAAACAACAACUGAUACAUGAAACCAGCCGAAUCAGAGCAGAUAAUAAACUGGACAUCAACCUGGAAAGCAGCAGAGUAACAGAUAUGUUUACAGAUCAAGAAAGGCAACUUAUGGAAGCAACCACAGAAUUCACCAGAAAAGAUACCCAAAUCAAAAGUGUUAUUUCAGAGACCAGUAAUAAAACUGACACUGAAAUUGCUUCCUUAAAAACACUAAUGGAGUCUAACAAACUUGAGACAAUUUGUUAUCUCGCAGCCUCAGUGUUUACUUGCCUGGCAAUAGCUUUGGGAUUUUACAGAUUCUGGAAGUAG